AUGGCGCUGGGCCUGGCGCUGCUGCGCGGCCGUUGGCGCCUUCCCGCCUCGGGCCUUGGCCCUCAGGCCCGGUUCGGUUCUACCGGCACCGCGGUGCAGAGGACGCCGUCGGCUGCCGAGGAGGCAGAUGCCGAGGUCAAUGGCAGAAAGAAGACAUUCACUGAGGUUCAAACAGAACGGUUGGAGCAAGCAGAACGGACUAUUUUGAUUAAGUGCCCACCAAAAAUUAGUGAGAAAAAAUUAUUACAGUAUUUGUCCAGUCACGGAAAAAUUAACAGUCACUUCUUUUUUGAAAAUCGUGGUAUCCAUGCCUUAAUAGAAUUUUCUGAAAAAAACAGUAUAGCCUCAUUACAGGAUGUUAUUGGAAUCCCAAGUACUACAGAGUAUCCUGUUGUUCCCUUUAAGUCGAGACUUUUUACUUUUGUGAUGAAAAACCCAGUGGGUCAAGCUGCUGCUGAGACACAAAUUCACCUCUCUCCUCAGUCUCACAUUACAGUCAAAGACCUUAUUCAAAAACUUUGUGGUGCUGACAGUAUAAGCAGUCAGAUGUACACUCUGCUGAAUGAAUAUCAGCUCACAGAAGAAAAUAUCAAGCUCCGAUUUUUGGCCUGUUCCCUGGUUCGGGAUUUUGCACGUGCCUAUUUCCCAGACAGCGUGGUAAAGCCGUUUGGCUCUUCAGUGAACACCUUUGGCAAACUGGGAUGUGACGUGGACAUGUUUCUGGACUUUAAUGAAGCAAGAAAGCACAUUAAAAAAAUGGCAAAAGGGCCGUUUGAAAUGGAGUAUCAGCUGAAAAGGUUGCCAUCUGAAAGGCUGGCGACUCAGAAAAUCCUGUCCGUGAUCGGGGAUUGCCUUGAUCAUUUUGGUCCUGGAUGUGUGAGUGUGCAGAAGAUACUCAACGCUCGCUGCCCACUGGUGAAAUUCUCCCAUCAGCCAACAGGAUUUCAGUGUGACCUGACAGUGAGCAACAGCAUUGCUGUAAAAAGUUCAGAACUGCUGUAUAUCUAUGGUUGUCUUGAUUCCCGUGUGAGAGCACUGGUGUUCAGUAUACGAUGUUGGGCCCGUGUACAUGGACUUACAAGUAGUGUUCCUGGUGCUUGGAUUACCAACUUCUCUCUGACCAUGAUGGUCAUCUUCUUUCUGCAAAAGAGAUCACCACCUAUCGUUCCAACAGUAGACCAACUUAGAGCACUAGCAGAUGAAGAAGACAGGCACGUAAUUGGAAGUUAUGAUUGCUCAUUUGUUAGUGAUUUAAGCAAGAUUAACCCUACAAAAAAUACAGAAACACUUGAUGAAUUGCUGUAUAACUUUUUUGAAUAUUUUGGAAAUUUUGAUUUCAGAAAGAAUUCCAUAAAUCUUCGAAAGGGAAAGGAAGUAAAUAAACCUGAGUCGUCUCCUCUUUAUAUCUGGAAUCCCUUUGAACAAGACCUUAAUAUCAGCAAGAAUGUUAAUCAGCCACAGCUGGAGAAAUUUGUCGCCUUGGCCAGAGAAAGUGCCUGGAUAUUACAGAAGGAAGAUAAAACUCAGCGAAUGAUCAGUAAAGAGCCCUGGGGACUGGCAGCCCUGUUGAUACCAUUUGGAAAAAACAAUCCAAACAUGAUGAAGAAUAGGGUGAAGGGAAUAGGGAGUGAAACAAUCAAAAGCCUCUUGGACUCCUUGAAGUUAAGUAACGUGAACAAUCUACAAAAAGCAGUGGGAAAAUGACUUUCAGUGUGGAAACACAGUAGCUGCUAUUCUGUUUUAGGAAUUUAAUGCGACACAGUCUGGAGGACAUUAACAUUUCUAUUAUGAAGAAAUGGAGAGUCAAAUGACUUCUGUUUUCCAUUGCCAUGCUUUCUGUACAGGUCUGCUUUGCUCCUCUAUACAGUCUCCUCCUUACUCUCCAUUUCUCCGUCUGUUCUGUGGAUGAAGAACAUGCAAAUACAACUUUUACAGAUACCUUUUGGAAUUUGCCUGCAGCUAGGCAUAGUUUUUAACAAAAAUACGGACAGAAGGAGCAGGGGAAAAGCCUUUGGGAAUUCUGUUGGCUAACACACAAAUGAUGUGUUAAGCAAAAGCUCCAGAAGCAACCACCUUUCAGUGAAACCACGUCUUAAAAGAUGAAUGUUAGUACUGUUGCUUCCAUUGCAGCCACCUUCUGGGAGUCAGUAAAACCAAAGUGCAUGUGUCUAUUUUUGUAAUUGUUUUUCAUUCAUGUAGAUCGUGCCAAGACACAAUAAAGAGGAUGGAAUUGGACAGUAGGGUUUGCAGUGUCAUAAAGCAUCACUCUCCAUGGAUGCUACAACUGUUUCAUACU